AUGGCGCCAAAGCCAAAGCCGCGGUGCUUGGUCAUCGGUUCGCAGUUCACCGGAACUUUCUGUGCGCGGGAGCUCAAGAAGAAGUUCUAUGUCACUGUGGUUGACGCCAAGGAGUAUUUCGAGUAUACGCCAGGCGUUCUGCGGGCCUUCGUGAAGCCGGCGCACUGGGACUCCCUGACUUUCACCCUGCAGCCGGUGUUGGAGCGCAAGAUGGGGGUAAAGUACAUCUGGGGAGAGGUGAAGGAGUUGAACGGUGAGAAGAAGACUGCUAGCAUCAAGACCAUGAGCUCGAACAGCGUGGAUGAGAUUAGCUUUGACUACUGCCUCAUCUGCUCGGGCUGCAACUUUGGACCCUUCAAGCCCAUGGGCGAGAGCUUGUGGUUCCCGACGGUUCAUGAGGAGGGUAGGGCAAUAAGUGAUUGGAAGCACAUCGAUGAGCGCUUUCUGGAAGGCCGCCGUCGCCACGUCAUAGAAGAGUACCACAAGCUGCAGGAUCUGAAUAAGAAGAAGGCCACCAUAUUGGUCGUGGGUGCCGGGUUUAUUGGAGUGGAAUGGGCAACAGAGCUCGAACACUUCUUCCCAGAUCUGAAGCUGACCAUCAUCGACUUCCUGCCUCGCUGCCUUGGGCCACUGCCGGACAGUGCGGCAACGUAUUGCUCGGAAUAUAUGAAUGCUUGUGGAAUCAAGGAGUUCUAUGGCAGCAAUUAUGGCUAUGACCCCAAGAGUCCAGACUUCUGGAAGAAAAUCGAGCUACCAAACGGUGCCGAUGAAACCUACGUCUGCAUUGGUGUGAAGGCCUCCAACUACUUCAUGCCUAAAUCCACGCUGUCAGACAAGGGCCCCGGUGGAGGUGGUUGGAUCCAUUUCAACAAGCACCUGCAGGUCACAAAGAAGCCCAGCGAGGGUGGUGGCGUGUGGGCUGAUGGCACAAUUUUCGCGAUUGGGGACUGCAACUACGGCUGCAUCGGCGAGCCAGGCAAGUGGGAGAUGCCGCCGGUCCCCAAGAUUUCGUACCCAGGCGAGGAGCAGGCGUAUCAUGCGUGCAAGAACGUGAUGAAGCUCCAGAGUGGCAGCAAGAAUUUGAUCUCAACCUGGUGGCCUUGGGGUGCCGGCAUGUUUUCAACAAGCCUGGGCCCUCAUGAUGCUUGCUUUGUGAUGGCUGCGAACGAGAACAAAGGUUCGGGGUACAUGGUGAAUUGGUGGAUCCCUGCAGCCCUGCAGAAGGAGAUCAUUGAAGCAACGAAAGUUGAUGAGUGCAAGGACGGUUGGGUGGGUGGUGCCUGCACAGUACGUCACAACACGUCGAUGGAACCUUCGGUGGCUGCGGUGCCUGUAGCUGAAGAUGCCGGGCUUCCUGAAGGCGUGUGGAAGGAAACUCUUUCUGAGGCCGAUUGCGUCGCCCGACCAAAAGCUGGUGAUGAGGUCCAUAUCCAUUUCAGAGGAUGGUUGCCAGACGGCACGGAGUUUCACAACACUUACCGUCAGUCCGGUGAUUUUCAAUUCACGCUCGGCGAGGGCGAGAUCAACAGGGGCCUUGAUCUUGGAAUUGCAACCAUGUGCAAAGGGGAGCGGGCAAAAUUUACUGUAGGUCCAGAGUUCGCAUACGGAGACGGCGUUCCUGGCAAAAUUCCGCCACAGGCAACUCUAACAUUUGAGGUGGAGCUGCUGUGGUGGAGAAGGACGAACUCCCUGACUUCUGACGGAGGUGUGGUGAAGGUGGUUCAGGUAGAGGGUACCGGCUUCAAGAAACCAUAUCCCGGGUGGACGAUCAAACUGCGGUACACCGGAUAUGUUGAAGGGGCCGAAUAUACGAGAAGUCCGGCAGAUGGAGUUGAAGCCAGCGUUUCAGGGCCGAGCCCGCUGGACCUGCCGGAGAAAACCUGGCAGCUUGUUGUGAUGUCCAUGUCGCAGUAUGAGAAGGCCACCGUCACAUUGACACCGCAGUAUGGCUACGACGGUUGCAGUAGAGCGUUCGACUCCACGGUGCCGCGCGACUCCACGGUGACGCUGGAGCUGGAAUUGUUGGAUGUGUUCCUCGUGAAGGACUGUGGUUUUUUCCAGAGAUGUGGAGAGAAAAACUUUCCACGGGUGAUCAAGAGGCAGCAGAUGGAUGGUGAUGCGUCCAAGAAGCCAAACAACCUGUCCCAGAUCUCGGCAGUCGUCAACGGCAAGCAGGUGAUGUGGGAAUUGAUUGCUGGAAAACGCUGUGAAGCCGUGGAAUGUGCUGUGCUGAGCAUGUCCAAAGGCGAGAGGUGUGUCGUUGUGGCAGAGGAUCCGGCGAUGUGUCAAGACGACGAGCUGGGCCUUUGUCCCAGUAGCGGCCCAGUGGAAAUCGAAGUUGAAUUAACCGACUUCCAGAGGACUCCGGACACUUGGGACCUCUUGCCAAUGCAGAGAGUCGAGAAGGGCAGACAGCUGAAACAAAAGGGCGCGGACUUCAUGAAAGCCAAGGACUUUCGACGUGCUUGCUGGGUGUACAGGUCCGUGCAGGACAUGAUGGGCUACGUGGACGAUUGGCCAGAGGAGCUACGUUCAGCUGGAGAGGAGCUUCGCCAGACCAGUCGCAGCAACGAAGUCAUGGCUUGGCUGAAGCUUGAACAGUUCCGCGACGUAGUGGACCUCUGUACUGAGAUUCUCAACGGAGGCGGAAUCAGUUCGCCAGAUCCCGGCAACGUCAAGGCACUGUUUCGGCGAGGUGUUGCGUACGUCAGCCUUGGAGAGCCAGAGAAGGCAAAGCGUGACUUCCUUUCUGUGCUGGAGCACGACCCACAAAACGCAGAAGCGAAGCAGCAGCUCGCCAGGGCUCGCUCCUCUGAGAAGGACCAGGCGAAGAAAAGCCAGAGCUUGCUGAGAGGAAUGAUCAGUGAGGCUGGGAAGCUGGACUAUCCCGUGGGCUACACCACUGCGGAAGGAGAUCGGGAAAGACAGCGUGACGCGAUGUUGGACAAAGUCGACCAGAUCAAAGCACAAAUGCCUCUCACAUUGUCAGCCCAACUGCCACAGACUCACUGGAAGCAUGGCAUGGAUGGCGGGAGGGCUGCAGCCCACUGGAAGCGAUGCAUCAGACCGUUGCAGGUGCUGGAACUGGUCCUGGAGACGCCGAACCACUCGUCUUGGGCUGGCCUUCCUGCAGAAAGGCUGGUCUCCGCUGCUCAUGCCGUGGCCCGAUGGCAUAGGUAUGCGAGGCGGACCGACACGGCCAGGGAUCCAGAAUGGCUGAAGUUGGCCUCGCUGAUUUCGGAGCGUCGAACAGAGCUGCAACCAAGCAACCUGGCAGCAGCUUGUUGGUCCUUUGCCGCCACCACGGGAGUACUUAAGCCUUCGCUCAUGGAGGCCGCCCUCGACCAAGCGGACAAACACUCUGCAGCGGACCUUGGGCGACUUGCCUGGGCUGCUGCGCAGCUUUCAGAUGCCUCUGCAGCCAGGAAUGCCAUCCAUCGCAUUCUCGAGGUGAUGGUGCAGAGAAUCCGGGAGCCUCAAGUAGGAAUACUCGAAACUUCGCAGGUGCUUUGGUCCAUGGCCCGAGUGGCUGUGAGAGAUGCCUUCGCUGCGGUGUCAGCCUUGAGGCUUAAGGCCAUCCAUGAGCUUCCGACCUGUGACAGCCGGCACCUGGCCAACCUGGCCUGGAGCUUCGUGAAAUUGAGCUGUGCAGAUGGACCUCUCCUGAAGCAUGUCGCUACUCAUGCACAGGGACGUGCUCAUCAUUUCGGUCCGCAAGAGCUCUCCAACACCCUUUGGGCUUUUGCAGCCGCACCGCCGGCAGCACAGGUCCAGGCGUUCCGGGACGACGCUGCCAGCCGCGCAGUGCAGGAGCUCUUUGCGAGUGCAGGAGGUAUCCAGCAGUCCUUGAGCGGCCAGCACCUGGCGAACAUCUUCUGGGCUGCUGCCAGGCUGGGGCCUGUCCUGGAGCAUCUGGAGGCCGGACAUGGGCCGACCGGGCCGUGGAUGACGCGGACUCGGCCGGGUUUCUCUUUGGGAGCCGCGGCACGGCGGCGCGUGGCGGAGCUGGCGCCCCAGCACCUAGCCGCGGUUGUCUGGGCCUGUGCGGCGGCCGGCGGCGCAUCGAUCCAAAGCAAGCGAUCUGGAGGCCACCGGGAUCCGGAGCUGCUGGCUGCGCUCGAGGUCCAGAUUGUUUGCAGAAUGAGCGAGAUGUCCCCACGAGCGCUGGCCAAUAUUUUAUGGGGGUUUGCGACUUUGGAGUUCUCUGGAAGCCCACCUGCCCGCGCAGAGCUCUGUGCAGCUGCCGUGUCCCAAAGCCCGGAGAUGUCUGUUCAAGAGCUCUCCAUCACCGCGUGGUCGCUCGGAAGCCUUCGAGCAGUGGGCCACCUGAAGGACCUGGCAGCUGUGCUGCGGACGCGAGGCUUGGUGCCCGGUCUGCUGGCUGCCAAUGAGAUUGCCAACCUGGUUUGGGGCCUUAGUCAUGCACAGCUUCGCGAGUCCGUUCCUGCCGGAGUCCUGGCGAUCGUUCAGGAUUGCAUUCAGGAGCUGGCCGAGGCGACAGACACUUCGUCGAUCGACCUCCGUGCUCUUGCCAUGCUGGCUCGUGGCCUACUCAAGCUCCGCCUCCACGACGAGUUUGGUACCCUCUUGGACCAGGCGCUCCUGAGCAUACCCGAACUCGGCCCGGAAUUGGCCAGCGUUUUCCUGACUGGUGCAGCGGAGCUGGGCGCUCGCCGAGAGAUGUGCGAGCGCCGCAUCUGGGCACACCUGGGCCUCGAAGGACAUGUGCGGUGGCCUUCAAGGGCCUCGCGUGAGGCAGAGUUGCUCAACUUUGUGAAGCGCUUUGCUGCUAAAGGCAACGCGGAAGCCGUCCUCUCCGCGGUGGAGGCUUUCUGCGAAAGAAGAAAACUGUGGCUCAAAGUGGCUGGUGGUGACAAGGCGCAGGUGCUGGAGCAGGUGGCGGAGACCUUGCGGCCGAAAUCGGUCUUGGAGGUUGGCUGCUAUGUGGGCUUCUCAGCCAUUCGUCUGGGAGCUGCGGUGCGGAGGUGGCAUGGCCGAGUCAUCAGUCUGGAAAUGGAUCCUGUUUUCGCUUUCAUAGCGCGAGAAAUGGUGGCUCAUGCCGGUCUCGAGGAAGUUGUGGACGUGCGACUUGGACAUAGCGAGCUCUGCCUCGACAAGCUCGACGUGGAGUCGUUUGAUGUGGUGUUUUUCGACCAACGCGGGUCCCGCUUCCUGGAAGACCUGAAGCAGCUGGAGAAGUGUGAUGCACUGAGAAGGUUCGCCGUUGUGGUCGCUGACAACGUUCUGAAGCCGGGUGCGCCCAGCUUCCUGUGGCAUGUGUGCUCCCGGCAUUCCAAACAGUGGAGGACAGUUCUGGUAGAACUCCAGGACUUUGGCACUUGCGGCGUGCCGGAUUGGAUGUCGGUGUCCCAGAGGGCGGCGGAAAAGGCUGAGGAGGCUGACAGCGUACCUCCGGACGAGAUCCAGCACUUGGCAUGGCAGGCAGAUGAGAUGCGUUGGAGAAGUAUCGACUACGACAUAACGCCUCAAGAGUGGACGGAGUUUGCCAAGUACAUGAAGACAUCCUUGAUCGCCGCCGGGCUGGAUGCUGAGCUGUGUGAGCUGUCUGCUUUGCAAAGCUGGCUGGAAGCCCCGGCGCAGGAAGCAGGUAGUGCCGACAGAGAUGCCGGCCAAUGGGGUGUGGCAGAUUGA